AUGUAUGGAGUUUCGUUGUUAGUCGUAAGGAAGAACUUGAAUGCAGAGAAAAGCAAAGAUGGAACCCAGAUUAAAACAACGACAGAGGAACAUGAAGAGAACGUGGCUGAAUUUGAGGGCAUAGAGGCUAAUAAUGGACAAUGUGGAAUAAUCGCAAGAUUAAUGACGGAAACUUGGUCGGGUGCCUGUGUAAGAGAUAUUGAUAGUCAUAAUAUAAGUAAGAAUGCCUCGAUAAACUAG